GCCGUGUGCAUCUGCCUGUUGGUGUGAACACAAAGGUGAUCACAGUCUAAAUUGUGAGCCACCAUUUUUGACCCUCAUUUAAUGAGGGGCUUGAUUGGAGCCCCUCCUAGAACACACCAGGGGAGUCCCCCCCAGUGUGUAGUGCUCAACAAUAUAAGGGGAUGAAACCCCUGGGCAGAGACACGUCCUUGAGACUGCCCUAAGCCUCUGCCCCUAAGAAACCCAAUCCACAGAGCACUAAAGCAUUGGGAAGAGACUUCCUACAGCUCUAACCGGCUAGAAGAAGAAGGAGAACAAGAACAGAGGAAGAAGAAGAAGAAGAUGGGAGUUCAAGAUCAAAGUAUUAACCCUAAUCCGAGCCCCCUAAUGUGGUUCUCUCUUAGGCUAGAAGAUCCUAUACAUCUAACAAUGGCACCAGAGCCAUCUAGACCUAAGUUUGAACCCACUAAGUGAAGAAUUUUAUGUUAAAAGGCACGUGUUCAUGUUUACUUUGCCUCUGUUAAGCCAAAAUAAGCCCGAAAUAAUGUCAAUUCGAGCUAGGGUUAUCAAUUAAGCAUCAAGAAGAAGGGGAAUUGAAGCAAUUAAGUACUAAUCCUAAGAAAUUUCCCCAAAUUCCCAAAUCGGGAACCCUAGCUACAGUGAAAAUCCCCAAUUUUCCCCAAUCCUAAGAACCCUAACCCUAGAUCUAAAGGAAGAAGGGGCGGUGGACAUACCUAAGGGCCGUCCUGGCCAUUGCUGGCCUCGGUGUCGCCGCUGCCGGCGCCUCAGUGCGGGCGCACGCCCGGGACUUGGCCACGUGAGGUUCCCUUGUCCCCGCCGCAACGGCGUACUGCCGGCCUCCUCCGAGUGCCGUGCACCGCCGGAAGACCGGUCAGUGGCCGGAUCUUGGCCCCCUCGCCGUCGCCGCCGCGGAUCUGGGGAUCUCGUGCGCGGGGGAGGUGGGGCCUUAGGGCACCGCGAGCCAUGCUCGACGGAGCUGCGCGCCGGCCACGGCCGCGCGCACCUCCGGCGAGCAAAGCUCGGCGGCGCCGCUGCCUCUCUCCGCGCCGGCGAGCGCUCCGCGCCGCCGUCGCUCUCCGCUCGCCGCUGCCGCUGUCGGGUGAGGAGAGAGAGAGGGAGGAGAGAAAUGAGGGUAGGGUUCGCGGGGGGCGCGGCCGACGCCGUUUUUAUACGGCAGGAGCGAUGCGAGGGCCGUCGGAUCUGAUCCGACGGCGCGCGCCUGUCGGCCGCUGCCCGGGCCGUGGCAGGCCGGCGGGGCGUGCCUCUUUCUGGCCCAGGCCCAGGUUGUUGGGCCUGGGUCCCGGGUGGAGAGGCGGUUCGGCCAAAUGGGCCGGGCCGAAAGAUAAUGGGCCGAAAAAAAGAAUAAUGGGCCAAAUUUAUUUGUUAUUUUCUGGAAAAUUAAGAUAUGGGUAUUGGGCUGCAUAGUGCCGGGCCUAAAAUACUUAUGGGCUGAAAUAAUGUUGGUUUAAGUUAUAAAUAUUGUUUUAUCUUUAAGCAUUACAAUUAUGGAUAUUAUCUCAUGUUUAAAGUUUAAAGAUAUAUCUUUUGGCAAACAAUAACAAGGAUUAUGAUUAGACUUGUUAAGUAAUGAAAUUUUCUCAUGAUUAUUUAAAUUUUGUGAUGAUUACUUUAUGGCUAUUACUUGAAGUUAUUAUUUUAUGUGUUACAAGUAAUUCAUUUUUAGUAAGGCCAAAAUUAAAUAAAAUUAUGGUAAAUUUAUGUAUUUAUGAAUGAUUGAGUUUUUUUGCCUAAAUAAUAUUGUUUUGGGCCAAACCUUAUGGAAAUUUUUUCCAUUAAUGAUUAAGUAUUUUUCCUUAUGUUUAUGAUUAAGUAUUCUCAUUAUGUUUUAAUGCUUCACUUUAUUUCUAAGACAUUUUAUGUUUAUGUUUUGCCUUAGUACAAUUUAUGCUACCACUGAAAAUCAUGAAAUAUUCUCCAUUUAAAUUGGAAUUAUUUUUUCAGUGAAGCUUUAAAUUCAGUUUAAGUCUAUUUGAAAUAUUUAUGAUCCAAUUAUGAUGAUGAAUUAUUUUCAUUAUGAAAUUAAGUUAUCUGCCACAUACUUAUGUGCCACUUGAAUUGAGGCUUAAUUAUGAAGCAUCGUAUGACCCAUAAAUAUUAUCAAUUAUGUGAGCAUAUUAUACUCACAAAAUUGAUAUGCCCAUAAGUGAAUCAUAAAGUUGACCCAUUUUGGGAAAAAAAAAACUCAGUUAAUGAUAUCUUUCAAUGGCCAAUUUUCUAAGAAAUUAAAUAACGGGCCAUAUUUGUUUGAUGCCAUUAACACUUUUGUUUACAUUUGGAAAAUGUGCAUUCCAUUAAUGACACCACUAAGGAAUUAUUUAUUAUAAUGAUUGGAAUGCACAAAUUCCAAUAAUUAAGUGGCUUUAACUUAUAAUUGUCUCAGAUUGGAAUUAAUCCAAUGGGAUAUUUUGAUUCAAGAUCAGAAUUUUAAUGGUGAUUCGUGGUUGUAUUAUAACCAAAGUUGUUUACAAUCAUGGAUUAUCAUGAUUUAAUUCAUUAAUAAAGUAUAUUAUUCAUAAGCCAUGGGUACUAAGUGAGUAUAAUUUUGGACAUAAAUCUUAAUAGCUGGCUUUUGAAUAUUUUCUUAGUUGAGCCACAAAUAACGUUGAUAAGAAUGUCAGGGAAAUACUAAGUUUUCUCUGAUAAGUGAGAAUUUGCUCAAAAGAGUAUUGGCAUAACGUAACCAAUUAUAUGACUUGUGACUACACAUGUCAUUCUUAUCCUGAAGAUUAUGAUUAAUUUUGUGACUCAUGACUAUAUUCUGACCAAAGUUGUUUAUGGUCAUGUGUCGCUAAGGUUGGUUGAGUAACUAAGUUGCCAGCUCUUGAGCAAUAUUGGGCAUAAUUAUAAACUAAGUUUUAUCAGAUUAAGCUAAUGCUGAAUGAUAUGAAUAAUGAGAAAUUAUGUCAAUGCAUAUGGGUCAUUUUCAAUAAAAUUUCCGCUGCAAAAGAAAUAAUACUCUGAUUAAGUGUAGCAUACAUUCAUCAUUCUAGCCAAAGCUGAUUGAUGAGUGUGUGACUACAAAAUUUUGUUAUUCCGGUUCAUCUUCUGGCCAAAGCUGAUUUUGAAUCGGAGUAAUGAAAAGAGUUCAUAUCUAAAACUAAGUGUGGCUUGUGAUUAUCAUUCUGGCCAAAGCUGAUUGAUAAAUACAUGUCCACAAUACUUUUGUUGAUCUUAAUCCACUUCUGGCCAAAGCUGAUUUGGGUUAUGAUUCAACAAAAGAAGUUUUAUGCACAUAAUAUUAAGUGUGGCUUGUACCUAUUCUUCUGGCCAAAGCUGAUGAAUAAGUACUAGUUCACAAAAUUCUGUUGUUCUUUUCCAUUUCUGGCCAAAGCUGAAUUGGACUGGUUCAAUAGAAGAAGUUUGUAUUGAUGCUUGCUAAACUAUUCAAUAAAGCAUCACAUGCCUCUAAAGAUCAAAACUAAUGAGUGGCACUAAGCAAUUAAAUGAGAGUAAUCAUGCCUCAUGGAAAGUACAUCCGUUUAUGAAUGCAAAAUCAAACUUAUGAAUUAUCCCUAUUGAUGAUAAGUAUUAAUUAAGUCAUAAGUUUCUAAGAUUAUUUGAGAUACCACUAUCAAAUGUGAAGUGGUUUUAUCUGCACCUCAUUAGUUCUUAAGAUCAUAACUAAGAUGGCACAUACAAGUGUUAUAAGAGGUGCAGUUCCCAUUAGAAAAGUUCAAUACCAAGGAUAUUGAUGAUAAAUUAAUGUUUUUAUUGAUCAUCAAUAUCUAAUGGGAAAAUAUUAAGAUAAAUCACUUAUGGAUAAAUAUAAGAAUCAGGGGGAGUAAUCCCCAAAAUAAGUUAUGUUAAAGAGCAUAUUUGACAUUAAUGGUGAGUUGUUUCCCUUAUUAUGUAUCAAUGAGGAUAAGAUAAUAUGAUGUGCAUCAAGCCAUGUUUAAGCUCAAAGAAAAUGAGACAAGAAUAAGGGAAUAAAGUGAGUCUCCAAGUAAGAAAAAUUCUAAAUUUUAAAGAAUUGUAUUUAUGAAAAAAGAAAGAUAAUUAGAUUCUAUUAGUAUGAAAUUAUGUUUAUUUCCAAUGUAUACAUUUAUGUUACUCUUAUAUGUUGGAAUAAGGAUAAACAAACAAAUAAAUAAAGGUUCUUCGAAAUAUGGUACUAUUGCAUAGACCACAUUUCGAGGGGGAGAGUGGAACCUUCAUUAAGAAAAUAUUUUCCACCUCUUUAUGUCAGGUAAGAAUUAAAUAUUGAGAAAAAUAUUAAGAUAAGUUUAUCAUGUGUCAGUUUCUUAUGUGUCAUUUAAUUGACAAUAUUAUUCUUAUUAUGAGCUAUAUGCUAGCCUUAGAACUAAAUAUUAUUUCAGUAUCAUAUCUCACCACUAAUGUCACUAAGUUGAGAAUUAGAUGGGAGCUUUAAAGCAAGAAAAAAUAAUAUUAAAGAAAAUAAGCUAAGUUCUUUUAUGAAUACUUGCUUUAGCUCCUUGUGGUGCUUUUAAGCCCACAUGAAGAUCUUUGAUCAAUCCCACUUAAAGUGAAAGGAAUAUAUAUAAGGAAAAGGGAUUGAUUAUGUUAUAUAAGAUAUAAAGAAUUGAUGAUAUUUGUUGCUCAUCAUUUGAAAAACUAUUGAAGUCCAUAAGUGAUACAUAAGUACAAUGAGAAAUAAGUUAUUUAAUUAAGUUUUAAACAAUAGGGAUAUUGUGUACAUAAAAUCCAGAUUUUCUUUUUAUCUGGAUACUAAGAUUGUCUUGGUGAUACUCUUAAGUUUUGAACAAUAAUGUUCACCAAGAUAAAGGUCCAGGAAAUGGGUUGAUUCCCAUUAAGGGCAAUAAAUUUGCUUAUGUUAUGGCAGACGUAAGCAUUAUGUGUUUCAUUAAGUUUUGAGUUGCCCUAAAUAUUCUUAAAAGGACCGGGAUAUCUGGGAAAUAAGUCCAGGACUGGACCCCUGGAAAAUCAUUUAGAACACUUCGCCUUACUGGCAUAAGUGUAAAAGGUGUUAUGUUACAUGCCCACAAAUAAGGAGUCUAAUAUUUUGGACAAUUAUGUUACAAGAAGUGUUGAUACUGAGAAAUUCCACAUAAAGUAUUAUCAACACUCUUGUGGGAGAAGUCGUAUGUGGAAGGCUUCAACCAAUAUUUUUCAUAAAGGCAUCAUUAAAGAUGCAAGUUAAAUUGUGGCAUGUUUUGAAUUAUACACCAUUAAAUAUGGAUUUGUGUCCCUGAUCCAUAUCAUUUUAAAGAUAAGAAAUUGCUUUAAGCAAUUUAUCCCGGAAAUUAUUAAAUGAAAGAGUGCAAUUUUGAAUCGAGUAACAUGUCGAAAGGUAUUCCCAGACCUAAGACAUUGUGAAAGAUUGAAUCCAGAAUCAAAUAUGAAUAUUCAAGGCCUACAUAAACUAUGUUUAAGACUAAGUGGUGCUUGACAAAUUAAAUAUGUCAUAAGUGUUGAGCAUCAAAUAAGUUCUAAGAUUAUGGUGCUCAAUAUGUAAGCAUUAAGUGAUGUGACAUAAGUCCUAAAGAUUGAGCAUCAUGUUCAGAGGCUUGCCUAAUACAUUGCCGGCAUAAAAGAUAAAUGGCAGCCUAUUAACUAAGGGACAAGAUAUGAUUCUGGAAAUAUGUUGGUUUUUCUUCCUCUUUUAAAAGGUGCAUGCACAUAAGAAUAAAUGUGUGAGGACAAAAUAUAUAUAUUUAAUACAUAUAAAUGAAAACCAACUGCACUCAGGGACUAUUAUAACCCCAUCUCCCCAUAAGUCUAAGAGGAAUCACUUUGAUAUUGUAUGGGAACCAUGGUCACUUAGUCCUGUGGUACUUAAUUGACUGCAGUGAUUGAUUGAUCUGGUGUACCAUCUUUUGAGAAGUGAGUCCGUAAGUUUUACAUAAGCAUAAGGAAUAAGUUUUGGAGCUCCUAAGUUAAAGAAGUUCAUUUGAUAUGAGGUGGCGUACUAUAGCAACUGGGUUCAAUGGUAUUUAUGAUUCACCAUUGUAAUCCUUUUGUCUUGGUGCGUCAUUUCGUUAAAAAGUGGACUUAUGAGUUUAGCCUGAUGAUCAAGGGGGAGAAUGUUGGUGUGAACACAAAGGUGAUCACAGUCUAAACUGUGAGCCACCAUUUUUGACCCUCAUUUAAUGAGGGGCUUGAUUGGAGCCCCUCAUAGAACACACCAGGGGAGUCCCCCCCAGUGUGUAGUGCUCAACAAUAUAAGGGGAUGAAACCCCUGGGCAGAGACACGUCCUUGAGACUGCCCUAAGCCUCUGUCCCUAAGAAACCCAAUCCACAGAGCACUAAAGCAUUGGGAAGAGACUUCCUACAGCUCUAACCGGCUAGAAGAAGAAGGAGAACAAGAACAGAGGAAGAAGAAGAAGAAGAUGGGAGUUCAAGAUCAAGCACACGACGGUUGUGUGAGCUUCACGCCUUCACCUGACGGUUGUCCUAGAAUUCCUAGGAUAUGAUUUUUGGGAUGGAGGGAGUAGUCCUUUGUCAGGAGAUAUGCAAGAUGAUGUAUCUGAUGAUAUAUCUCCGUCCCCACAUAUUGAGUAUGAUAGACUUCUGGGUGGCCUUCUGAUUGAGGGAUUUGACGAAAAAACUUGUAGAAGUAGGUAUCAGUUUGCACGCUAUCAUAAGUCACCAAGCAUACCUUCACUGUACCUCAUAGAGAGGUUAAGGAAACAAGAAGUGUUGCAGAAAAAGUGUGGUCCAGGCACCAAAGCAUAUAAGGAAGCAUCAAAGCAGCUGAGCUCCGGUCAUACCAUCAAUACGACAGAUUGCAACUAUCUGAUACUGAUUAUUCACGCCGGCUUGGGGAAUCAGAUGCUUGAGAUUGCUUCAGCAUUCCUAUAUGCGCUACUUACAAACCGGAUUUUGCUUGUGGACCGUUACAAGGAGAUUGAUGACCUUUUCUGCGAACCCUUCCCUGGAACCUCAUGGUUAGUCCCUUCAGAUUUCCCUCUGAACUAUGGCGAGUUUACUCAGAGUAGUCCAGAGAGCUAUGGCAACAUGCUGCAGAAUAAAGUUGCCGGUGGAAAUACAGAUCGAUCUUUGACUGGUACUCGACCUCACUAUGUGUAUCUCUACCUCAAUGGUGACUAUGGUUUCCAUGAUAAACUUUUCUUCUGCGAAGAUGACCAGCAGUUCCUGCAAGGUAUUCCAUGGCUGAUCAUAAGAACAGACAUGUACUUUGUGCCGUCCCUGUUUCUAAUUCCAGGUUUCCAAGAUGAACUCAGCAGGCUAUUUCCAGAGAAAGACACUGUUUUCCAUCACUUGGCACGCUAUCUUUUUCAUCCAACAAACAAUAUUUGGUAUUCUGUUACAAAAUACUACCGGUCCUACAUGGCCAAAGCGGCAAAAAGAGUGGGAAUUCAGAUCAGAAUAUAUGAAACCAAGGGCAUCUUGCAAAGAAAUGGCCCAUUCCCGCACAUUUUAAAUCAGAUCCUUUCAUGUGCACAGAAUGAGAAGCUCCUGCCAGAAAUUGGCAUGAUGGAGGGAGCAGCAGCUGAAACUCAGAAUAAGGGAGCAGCAGCUGAGACUCAGAAUAACCAAACAAUCGCCGUUCUAACUACUUCUUUGAGCUCUUGGUACAGAGAUCAGAUCCAGAAGAAGUACAAAGAACACCCAACAGUUGAUGACACUACUGUCAAAGUGUACCAGCCAAGCCACGAGGAGUACCAGAGGUCAAGGAAUAGGAAGCACAACAUGAAGGCACUUGCCGAGAUCUAUCUGCUGAGCAUGAACGAUGAGCUAAUCACCAGUGGCUUUUCCACGUUCGGGUACGCAGCUCAGGGGCUCGCUGGCCUGAAGCCAUGGAUCAUGUUCAGGUCGGAGAACCACGUGGCGCCAGACCCACCGUGCGGCCGUGCCAUGUCCAUUGAGCCGUGCUUCCACCAGGCUCCCUUCUACGACUGUAAGGCAAAGAGGGACGGUGACCUGGGCAAGGUGGUGCCUUACGUGAGGCAUUGCGAGGACGUGAGCUGGGGUCUGAAGAUUGUAAAUGAAACUCAGUUGUAGCUGUAGUUUUUGUCAGGACUCAAGACAGAUUUUUCUUGCUAACUAGGGCAGAAUUCUUUUUUGUUGUUGUUGCAAAAGAAACUAUACGGUUUUAUUCUUCCCCUCCUGUAUUUGAUCCAGCUGUAGAUAAGUUGAUAAACAGGUCCAUUAAUCUGUUCGCUCUGUGAUUCCAAAGAAAAAGAAUGAAAAAGAAAUAUACUUACUGUCUGAUCA